GCUGAUGAUGACCUGGAGAUGACCAUGGUGUGCCAUCGGCCAGAGGGCCUUGACCAGCUAGAAGCUCAAACUAACUUCAGCAAAAGAGAGCUCCAAGUGCUCUACCGGGGCUUCAAGAAUGAGUGUCCGAGUGGCAUUGUAAAUGAGGAAACUUUCAAGCAAAUAUACUCCCAGUUCUUCCCACAUGGAGAUGCCAGCACCUAUGCACACUUCCUGUUUAAUGCAUUUGACACAACAAAUUCAGGCUCCAUAAAGUUUGAGGACUUUGUAACAGCUCUGUCCAUCCUGCUGAGGGGCUCCAUCACUGAGAAACUCCAGUGGACCUUUAACCUCUAUGAUAUCAACAGAGAUGGAUACAUCAACAAAGAAGAGAUGACAGACAUCGUCAGAGCGAUAUAUGACAUGAUGGGGAAGUACACUUACCCAGUCUUGAAAACUGACGCACCCAAACAGCAUGUGGAUGCCUUUUUUCAGAAAAUGGACAAAAACAGAGACGGGGUGGUCACUCUUGAUGAAUUCAUCUUUUCUUGUCAAGAGGAUGACAACAUCAUGAGGUCUCUACAGCUCUUUGAAAAUGUCAUCUAGACAACAAAGAAGAGGGAAAUGCAGUGCAACAGACACAAGCACGGACCAAGAGAGGAGAAGCAAACAAAGAAAAAAGAGAAGGAGAUGA